GCCGUCGUAGUUGUUCACCGCGAUCAUAAAAAGCGCGCCUGCGUUACGGUGACAAUUAUUUACGACAAUAAUUACCGUUUACCACGACGGGACGACAAUAAUUAAUAACACAAUCAUUAUAAUUGAUCAUCUUCAACUAUUAUAAAUUAUAUUACGUGCGUGUACUACAACAACACGACAAUAGUAGUGAUAAUAAUAAUAAUAAUAAUAAUAUAGUGGGUGUGUGCGUGUGCGUUGGCUUUCGCGUGCGUGCGGCAAACCGUCGUGGUCGCAGAGCGUUCGCGUUAUCCCAUUUCCCAAUUCCCAAUCGGUUCGACCCGAUAAAGAAUAAAUGAUCUGAGUGGCUGGCCGUCGCCGCCGCGUUCCGACCGACUCAUUUCCACCGUCAUACGACGUGGCACGUAUUUAAUGUUAAUCGUCCGUGUGUCGCGCACCGCGUUGCUCUCGAUCUCUGUCCGCACUAUGGACCGUCCGCGUUUCCGAAGACGACACUCGACGACAUCGUCCGCUGCCCACUCGUCGUCCGUCGCCAACAACCGUUCGAGCGCCGACAGCGUUUGACGGGUCUCCGCUGUACCGCCAACACACACCGACACGUCGUCGGCACACCGCCUCGAGCCGCAGACACACGCCGGAGACGAGUCACCGUAGAUAACGACACCGGCGCAGCGACGUCCGUCGGCAACACUCGGGGCAUGUUAAGUCCGUCGUCCCACUGACAUGUGUGGCGUCGACACCAAAAUGGCCGAAACCAAAGCGCUGAUAUUGGUCGGUGGUUAUGGCACCCGUCUCCGACCGCUCACGUUGAGCCGGCCAAAGCCGCUGGUCGAGUUUGCCAACAAGCCGAUGAUACUUCAUCAGAUCGAAGCCCUGGUCACGGUCGGCGUGCGAGAGGUUAUAUUGGCUGUUUCGUACCGUGCUGAGCAGAUGGAAAAAGAGAUGAGUGAUGAAGCCAAAAAACUUGGUGUUCGGCUAGUUUUUUCACACGAAUCUGAACCACUUGGCACUGCUGGACCUUUAGCUCUAGCCAAACAUUUGUUGGCCAACAAACAAAACCAGCCAUUCUUUGUUUUAAACUCUGAUAUUAUCUGUGAAUAUCCGUUUAAAGACCUGAUUGCGUUCCAUAAAUCACAUGGUUGUGAAGGUACGAUUGUGGUGACUAAGGUUGAAGAGCCGUCCAAGUAUGGUGUUGUAAUGUAUGAUGAAGACACAGGACGCAUAGAAAGUUUCAUUGAAAAACCACAAGAAUUUGUUUCAAACAAAAUCAAUGCAGGCAUUUAUAUUUUAAACCCGUCUGUGUUGGAUAGAAUUAAGUUGGAGCCAACAAGCAUUGAAAAAGAAGUGUUUCCCUUUAUGGCCCAAGACGGUCAACUAUAUGCAUUUAACUUAAAAGGUUUCUGGAUGGACGUAGGACAGCCUAAAGAUUUCCUAACCGGAAUGUGUAUGUACUUGACUUCAUUAAAGACGCGUAGUCCGACUUUAUUGUAUUCUGCUGACGGUGUUGUUGGUAAUGUUCUUGUUGAUCCAACUGCAACUAUAGGAGAAGGUUGUAAAAUUGGUCCAAAUGUUACUAUUGGUCCAAAUGUUACUGUUGAAGAUGGUGCUUGCUUAAGAAGAUGUACCAUACUAGCAGGGGCCACAGUUAAAUCACAUACGUGGUUGGACUCUUGCAUAAUCGGUUGGCGUUCAGUAGUUGGAUGUUGGGUUCGUAUGGAAAAUACUACUGUGCUUGGAGAAGAUGUUAUUGUUAAAGACGAAUUGUACAUUAAUGGUGGACAGGUUUUACCACAUAAAUCAAUCAGUACUUCUGUACCUGAUCCUCAAAUUAUUAUGUGAUUAAUAUUAUUAUUAUUUUUUUAAAAUAUUUAAAUAUUAUUAGUUGUUAAUUUUUUAUAUUUUUGUGUACAUUGGGGAAUUAUUCAUAUUUAUUUAUUAAAUAUUAAAUCUGGGUAAAAAAAAGGUCAGUCUUAAUAUUUUUGGAUAUAUUUUAUCCUAAGGCUAGAUCAAUUAAAAAAAGAUUAAAACUUAUUAUAUUAAAUUCAUUAUGAGAUAAAACAACUAUUCUGACUUUAGAUUUCCUAACUGUCGUAAAAAAAUAAAAAAUUGGACCUUUCAGAUCCCAGGGCACGGAAUUAUAUUAUAAUAAACAAAUAUGUAGAAAUAUUAAAUAGCUAUUUAUUUUGUAACCUAUCAUAAUAAUUAGAUUAAUAUGCAUACUUCAUGCAACACUUUAUUGAAAAAUAAACAAAUUAUUUUUUUUUA